AUCAAUAAUAUGACAAGAAGACAAAUUUGUGAAAGAGUUUGGUCCAAUGAACGUAAAAAAGAUGAUUUUUGGGAAUCUUUACAUAAAGUUUUACCAUACAGAACUCGUGCUUCAGUUUAUAAACAUGUCAGAAGAUCUUAUCAUAUUUUUGAUGUUCGUGGUAAAUGGACUCCAGAAGAAGAUGUUACUUUAGGAAGAUUAGCUCAAGAAAAAGAUGGACAAUGGAAACUUAUCGGUCAAGAAAUGGGUAGAAUGCCAGAAGAUUGUAGAGAUAGAUGGAGAAAUUAUGUUAAAUGUGGUAAUAAUAGAGCUCAAAACAAAUGGCAAGAUUCAGAAGAAGAGAAGUUAAAGAAUGUUAUUACUGAAAUUCUAAAUGAACAACUAAAUUCUCCAGCUCCAAUUAUAAAUUGGACAUUAGUCUCAGAGAAAAUGGGUGGUACAAGAUCAAGAAUUCAAUGUAGAUAUAAAUGGAAUAAGAUUUUGAAAAGAGAUGCAUUGGCUAGAGCUCAAACAAUUGAUUUGAAUGAUAGAAUUUGGUUAUUGACAAAAUUACAAGAGUUGAGGUUUUUACCAGAAACUGAAAUUGAUUGGGAUGCAAUUGCAUCAUUACAUCCAAAGAAUUUUUGGACAGGUAAUGAUUUUAAAAUUUGUUAUGAAAAAAUGAGAUCAUCAAUUAGAGAUUUCAAAAAGAAAAAUGUUAUGGAGAUCAGUAGCAUUCUGUUACAAGAUUUG